AACAAGAGAAUUCCGAUAAUUCCCUGCUGCUGGCGAUUUGCCAGCUUAGGCAUUUUUCUCAGGCCAGCCGCUCUCCUCCGCCUCAAGGGGCCGCUGCUCUCGCAGCCAAAAGCUCCCUCCAGACUGCUGGGCUUUGCGCGUUCCGGGCUGCGGAGCUGGGCGCACGCAGCUCGGGGAGGCUUGGCUCCAAAAUGCCCGCGUGCUGCUGCCGCCGCCGGACGCCGCCGGUGCCCAGGGCCGCCGCGUGCCCCGGCUGGCUCUCGUGGGCGCUGCUGUGGUGCAGCUUGGCCUUGGCCCCGGCCGGCGGCUACGUGAUCGUGAACUCGGUGUCGUGGUCCGUCACCAACGAGGUGGAGGAAGAGCUGCACAGCUCCUCCAACGAGGAGGUUCUCCCCGCGCUCCUGGAAGACACCACGGGCAUCUGAAGCAGAGCUACCCGGCCUCGGUGUACAAGAGGAAGAGGAGGAGAUGAGGGUCCAGGCCGGGGGCGGCGAGCCGAAGCAGAACUCGUCCCUUCCCGCAUGUUUUCCUACCGGAGAGCGAGCGCCAAAGGGGGCACGGAGAGCCUCGCGCCCCCCGAGCAAGCGGCCAGGGCGGCCCGGUUCCUGAUCCAUUCCAGCAGCUGGGAUUUCUGGCCACGAGAUCCUCAGAAAAUCCGGGGAGCACCGUUUGGGAAUUGCUUAUCUAUUAGCGAUGGCCCCAAAGACAAUAGCACUGGAAUUCCUUUUUUUUAUGUGACUCCAAAGGACAACACAGUAGCUGAUCUGAUGAAAAAUUCCGUUGCUUCCCUGACAUUGCCAGAGGCAGAAGGAGAUAUCUGCAGAAAAACAAUCGUUGACCCUGAUGAUCCGCGGUGUGUCAGACUUAUUCUUACAGGGCAGAUGGUAACGGUGCCUCUGGAAGAAAUGGAAUUUGCCAAGCAAGCAUUGUUUUCUAGGCAUCCAGCAAUGAGAAAAUGGCCUCGCAAUUAUGAAUGGUUCUUUAUGAAAAUGAACAUUGAACAUGUCUGGCUUCAGAAUUGGUAUGGAGGAAUUGCCGCCAUUGCGGUGGAGGAGUAUUUCAAAGCAGUUCCCAGUAAAGCUUGAUCAAAAUUCCAAAUAAGAGGAUUCAGUGUUUCAUAUUUACUUUGGGAGGUGGGUGGGGGUGCAACUGUUUUAUAUUCUAUGGUACCGACUAUUUAUUUAACAGUAUUUUUGUGCAAAGUACUUAAAAUGGCUCCAUUUCUCUUAAAUGGAGUAGGUUGACACAGUAAGGGCCUUUGAAAUGAAAAUGAAUGUUAAGGCUGGAGACAGAUUAUACUAGACUCUUCUUUAAGGUGUUUAAAUAUUCCUGGAUUUUUAUGAACAUGUAUACCACAGGAUGUGCUCAUUAUAAUUUUUGAAACUGGACAAGAAUCGCGACCCAAAAUGAAAUGGCUAGUAUAUAUAUAUGGUGGUUAUAUUAUUGCACCUAGUUGUUCACAUGAAACUCUAAAGAGCUGCCUAAAGUAUGUAAAGAAUUUUAAUUAAGUUGACAUUAUAGAUUCCACCUUUCCUUAGGCACACAUUUGUCUUUAAUUAUCUUACAAAAUGCUAUAAUCUUAAGAUGCUUUCAAUAUGGUUUUGGGACAACUCUGUAUCCUAAUAUGCUUUUCUGAAAGACUAAAGAAGAAGUCAGGUCUUUAACUUUGCUUUAAA